AUGGCUGCCCACUCCAUGUGGCCUUCGGGACGACGCGACGGUAAGGUGAAUUCGUUCCAUGCUACAUGUUAACGAUGCAAAAUAAAAACAUUAAAGCCUUUCCUUGAUACUUUCAGAUGACCACAAAUGAUCGAUAUUUGCCCCUUUUUGCUACGAAGCAAGCAAACCAACGCUUGUAAAGAGAUGGUAGAGCGUAUUUUGAGGGUCUCAAUGGGGUAGUGGCUUUUACGGUUAUCGGCUAAAAUUUUGGCUUUUUUACGGCUAUCGGUUAAUUUUUUUCAGUUACGGUUAACAAAAAAGUUAAAAAUUAACUUCUUUUGUUUCAAAAAGUUAAAUAUUAAUUAACCUGUAUUUUUUGUAUCUUUUAAUAAAGCAAAAUAUAGAUCUUGGGAUCAUCUCGGGAUUAAAUAAGCUAUUCUUUUGAUAGAUCAUACUUUUUAUGAAGUAUUCCACUUCUAAUAUUAUUUUACACAUACAAAUGUCAAUAGUCAAUUUAAAAUUAAUCUUUGUGAAAAAGCAAAGCACACACGCCCAACUCAAGGCCGAGGCGCGACAUUCAUUACAACAGAAAUGGCCGUUUUCACACUACAGACGGAUUAUUCGUGUGAGAUGGGUUAUCCGUUUGAUGACUCGCGUCAGAAAGGUAAUACGUCUUAAUUUGAAGAUGGAAUAGUUUUAAUUUUGAAUGAACAAUCCGCCUGACUUUAUUCGUCAAUUUCGACGGACACUGUUUGAAGACGGGAUAAUAUUAUCUGUUUCUGUGUACAGCCGCCCCUUCCCCUCAGAAAAAAUCGGAGAAGGGGUGUCUGUCGGGAAGGGGCUAGUCUCAGACGGAUAAUCCAUUUCUAGCUCUAGUGUGAAAACGGCCAAUAACAAAAUUCCCGUGUCCAGUGUUUUUAAUGAUAGCGAAGGACUGUACGGAACCACUGUCAGCGGUUGCCUUGUCCGUAGGCCUCAUUAGGGAGUUUUAGCAAAGACGACGGCGACGGCAACCAGGACGUCAAAAAAGCAAUAGGUUUAUUACGCAAAACAACAACUUUGCACGUGCAUCACGCUUUUUUGUACAUUUCUUUACCGUUCUUGCACGACUACCACGUGAAAAUGCCUAAUUGCAAGUUUUAUUUUAUAAACAAGCGACGACUCUUUUUUCUCUCUCUAAACUUGAGUGCGGUCCUCAAGAAAUCAACUCCAGGGAAAUUCGCCUACACUUGCCAUUUUCAGCAAAUUGGCUAUUACGCGCGGCUAUUACGUUUCGGGUCACGUGGUCCCAGCGAGUUCGCCACCGAAAUGCCUUGACCGAGAUUGCGUGGGAAGACGCCGUACAGGGACUAGGCCUGGCAAUGUCUACCGUGGCGUCAGAGAAAAACAGGGACAUGUUGUUUAUUGGCAACGUGUUUUACAAACAGUGACAUCUCUGCGUGUUGUUUUACUAGUGUGUCGAGGGCACGACCUCCUGAAAAUCGCAAAUAUUUAUCCCCAGCAAGAAGCCACACUUUCGCUCUUGAAACUAGCCGGGAAAUAAAAUACGCAACCAUGAGUGAGUUUAGUACCUUUCUUAAAAGUAGCAACUCUGGGGAAACUCACUCAUAACAGGCCAGAGCGCCGAUUUUAAGUACUAGGCGACUUUGAAAGACACGUGCCUCACAUAUUUGUGGCGGAUUAGAAUGCCGGCUUGGUCAGAGGCCCUUUGUUUAAAACAUGGCGGGAUACUCGCAGCUUAAGGCAAGCAUGCGCCUUGUAGCUGUCAACAUAAUGCUUUUUAAUUACAUUCUGUCAUAAUUAACAAAACCCGAUCCAUGUUUGAUUGAAAGUAAUUGUACAAAUCUGGUACCAGACAAACCGCUUUUAAAAAACAAAAACACAAAACUAGUUUAUGGUUAUUUCUCAUUAAUUUCACUUGAUCAAAACAAAUAUUUACUUUGAUCAGUUUUCCCGUUUCUUUCAAAACAUCCUUCAUUUCCGGGCGUUUCACCGUAGUCAAUGAAAGAUGCGUUUUAUCGGUCUUCUUUUUCGCGGGAAUAUCAAAAUUUCCAUCUUUCAAAACGCGAUGAACCAAAGCUCGCAGGAUACCAAAGCGCCAAAGGCGCACGAUGCAGUCCCGGUGUUUUGUGAGCAUCCGUUAAAAAUAUUGAACGCCAAAACUAUCAAGUUUUGGUACAGCGAAAGGCAGCUAGUUUCUGUACCCAAAGGUUAGUGCAUGGACAGGCUAUCGAAAGAAAAUAAAAGGGAUGGUUGCCCAAUGGAUAGAAGGCCUAACUACGCAAAAUAAAUGUCUCAUUGCCUCCUUGUCUGCGAGGUUAGUACUAAAUUUACACUCUAGAAUACAUUACAGAACUCAAUCAGCAACACUUUGCAAGUAGAAUUGGUGAUCAGUGUGGGCAAUUUAUAUUUCUAAGGGACGUCCGUCGCACAAAGGCUUAACGCGCGGGGGUUUUUAGUCAAUGACUGACAUAACAGUUUCCUCACAAUCGACCCAGUUAGAAUGCGAUAAUGUGCGAGUGAACUUUGCCUACAACUGGCAAUAAGCUGAAUAAACCGGAAGCUGAACACUAUGAAUAAGUUACCUAAUUACAUCGCAAGUUCUUUUUCUUUUUUUUCAACUACCGGAGAGGUUUUUCGUGCAUUCUGUUGCGCAGUUUGGCAGUGAUAUUCCUGCAAUGGUUUUAGUACUGGUCCCGUUGCCGAAACCUUGCACCAGCAAGAUACGGUAAUCGAGAGUCGAGAAUCGAGAAUCGAUAUUGUACUCGGGACAAGAAAAGGUCGCCGUCCAAGGAACAACAGAUGAAAAGCAAGAGCUUCAAGCUGCUGAGAAUCGCCAAUUCUGGAUUACAAGCAGUGAAGGAACUCCUGAGAAGCGUCCAAAUUAUAAAGGAACUUUGGAGGCAAGUCAGCCACGGUGAUUGUCGCACCACGCAUAAAGUAGAAUAAAUUUGUUAGCCUGGUCUUGUCUUUGCCACAAAUCACGUAAAACUAUAAAGAAGGUACCACUAUGAACUCUGGAAAAUGAAAAUUCAAUAAUACUAUGGUUGACGACUGACAGUUUAAAAGAGAGACAACCUUCUCCUCAGAAUCUUGGGCGCGCCGCCUGUAAGCUCCGAGGGAGAGGGAAGCCCCUUAAUUUGGCCUAUUUCAAAAACAAAUGACACUACAAAAAUAACCUACAAUUAUAAUUUCAAAAGAGAGACUACCAUGACCUCAGAAUCUUGGGCGCGCCGCCUGUAAGCUCUGAGGGAGAGGGUAGCCCCAUAUUUUGGCCUAUUUCAAAACAAAUGACACUACAAAGAAGAACUAAAAUAAUAAUUUGAAUGAUGACCGACAUUUCAAAAGAGAGACUACCAUCACCUCAGAAUCUUGGGCGCGCCGCCUGUAAGCUCUGAGGGAGAGGGUAGCGCCAUAAUUAAUUUGGCCUAUUUCAAAAACAAAUGACACUACAAAAAUAACCUACAAUAAUAAUCUGGAUAAUGACCGACAUUUCAAAAGAGAGACUACCAUCACCUCAGAAUCUUGGGCGCGCCGCCUGUAAGCUCUGAGGGAGAGGGUAGCCUCAUAAUUUGGCCUAUUUCAAAAACAAAUGACACUACAAAAAUAACCUACAAUAAUAAUUUGGAUAAAUGACCAACAUUUUAAAAGAGAGACUACCAUCACCUCAGAAUCUUGGGCGCGCCGCCUGUAAGCUCCGAGGGAGAGGGUAGCCCCAUAAUUUGGCCUAUUUCAAAACAAAUGACAAAACAAAGAUGACCUACAAUAAUAAUUUGGAUAAUGACCGACAUUUCAAAAGAGAGACUACCAUCACCUCAGAAUCUUGGGCGCGCCGCCUGUAAGCUCUGAGGGAGAGGGUAGCCCCAUAAUUAAUUUGGCCUAUUUAAAAAACAAAUGACACUACAAAAAUAACCUACAAUAAUAAUUUGGAUAAUGACCGACAUUUCAAAAGAGAGACUACCAUCACCUCAGAAUGUUGGGCGCGCCUCCUGUAAGCUCUGAGGGAGAGGGUAGCCCCAUAUUUUGGCCUAUUUCAAAACAAAUGACAGUACAAAGAAGUACUAAAAUAAUAAUUUGAAUAAUGACCGACAUUUCAAAAGAGAGACUACCAUCACCUCAGAAUCUUGGGCGCGCCGCCUGUAAGCUCUGAGGGAGAGGGUAGCCCCAUAAUUUGGCCUAUUUCAAAAACAAAUGACACUACAAAAAUAACCUACAACAAUAAUUUGGAUAAAUGACCAACAUUUUAAAAGAGAGACUACCAUCACCUCAGAAUCUUGGGCGCGCCACCUGUAAGCUCCGAGGGAGAGGGUAGCCCCAUAUUUUGGCCUAUUUCAAAACAAAUGACAAAACAAAGAUGACCUACAAUAAUAAUUUGGAUAAUGACCGACAUUUCAAAAGAGAGACUACCAUCACCUCAGAAUCUUGGGCGCGCCACCUGUAAGCUCUGAGGGAGAGGGUAGCGCCAUAAUUAAUUUGGCCUAUUUAAAAAACAAAUGAAACUACAAAAAUAACCUACAAUAAUAAUUUGGAUAAUGACCGACAUUUCAAAAGAGAGACUACCAUCACCUCAGAAUCUUGGGCGCGCCACCUGUAAGCUCUGAGGGAGAGGGUAGCCCCAUAUUUUGGCCUAUUUCAAAAACAAAUGACAGGACAAAAACAAUCUACAAAAAUAAUUUGUAUUAUGACCGACAUUUUAAAAGAAAGACUACCUUCACCUCUGAAUCUUGGGCGCGCCGCCUGUAAGCUCUGAGGGAGAGGGUAGCCCUAUAAUUUGGCCUAUGACACUACAAAAAGCACCUACAAAAAUUGUUUGGAUUAUGACCGACAUUUCAAAAGAGAGACUACCUUCACCUCAGAAUCUUGGGCGCGCCGCCUGUAAGCUCUGAGGGAGAGGGUAGCCCUAUAAUGUGGCCUAUUAAUUAAGUAAAAAGCAAGUAACAAUACAAAGGUAACCUGAAAUAAUAAUUUUUGGAUUAUGAUUGACAUUUCAAGGAGGCUAAAAUGACUGAUAUAGAAACCAUACUGUAUCUGUGACGUUGAUUAUACAGAUCGCCCACGCGAACACGAAGAUGUUGAAGUGGAAGCUAGAAUAUCUGGAGUAAUCCAGCGUCUUGGGCUCCUUCCAGCGAAUAAGAUUUUGGCGGGAUUUCGACAGUGCUUGGCGGGCUUUUUGGAGAGUGAUUUGUCACUGGAGGCACAUCGACACGUACAUCGUCUUAAGCCAGAGAAAAAAGACUUGAAUCCUUCGCCGUUUGAUCAAAAAGGUAGUCCAUUGAAUCAGAUAAUCGGUGUUGCUGUUCCUCAAGGGGAUGUGAAGUAGAGCUCGAGCUCUCGCCUUCGUUUUCUCCGGCGACUAUAAAAUGUGCAUUGUUGACGGCUUUUCUCAAACGUUCAAAUAGAGAAGAUUUAAAAAUUUCUUUGGUCAGGGUCUUUUCCAAGCCGAGUUCCUUCCAAACUGGAGAAAGAUGUGCCAGCAGAGAGUGUAUUCCUACUUGCGGCUCCACAGUAAAAACUUGAUACGCCGACUCGCUGUUUUCGCUUCGAAGGUCACCAAUGUUGACACGGCAUACCACUCUUGGCAGAAGUUAAAUAAGCCAUCGGAGCACUAUUUUCUUAAAAGAAAGCACUUGAAAAACCAUUGAAAGCGUAUCAAGCCUAUUUGAAUCCAAAUGCGGCGAGAAAACUGUAGUUAUCAAUUGCGAAGCCAGAGGCGCGAAGAUCGACUUCCAAAUUUUCAAUCGACCGUGAAAUGAAUUUAUAAUACCCAAAUAAUCUGAUCAAAUUUCGCGUUUCCUUGAGAUGUCUGGUUCGUUUAAUCAGAAGUACAAAGUUCCUUGACAGGCAAUGUGUCCGGUGCUCUCCAAAGGUGUCUGGAGGAAUGCUUAAAACUAAUUACCUUGUCUGUUAUUGGAAACCGAUUUGCGGUGGUUGCUGUGGAGAUUAGGCCUCCUCCUGCGCGCACUAAAAUCGGGCCUCUGGCCUGUUAUAGUUUCUUUUACGGUUAACUCUUUUUUACCCUAUUUACGGCUAACGGUUAAAAUUUUUCAAUUUUUACGGCUAUCGACUAAAUUUUUGGCCGUUUUACGCCUAUCGGUUAACCCCAUUGAGACCCUCUAUUUUGUAUUCAGGGGCACCCAACGACGGUUUCCUCCCAAAUUCAUUUAAAUCACUUUUAAGGCUAUCCAGAGUAUAUUAAGACCUCUAGAAAUACAUUCUAAACGGUGCUAUAAAAUUUGUAUCUGCUCGGUCAUCCUAGGGGAACUUCAGUCUUUUCGAAAUUACAAGGGCUUCAGUAUUAUUUUCCCGAAAAUUUUAGAUGCAAUUUAGCGCAUUACGAAAAAAAAAAGCAAGCGGCGGAGACGCUAACUUGUAGGGGGUUCUGCGGGAAUUCUCCGCCAGAAAAUUUGAAAUCAUGAAGCUCGGAAAUAUUACUUUCAGCAUUCUCGACGAGAUAUCAAAAAAAUAAACGUGGAUCAACCGUAAAAUGACAGAUGUUUCUAAUUCUUAUUUGUUACUUGACCUUACUUGAUACAUAUAUAACUUUUUACAUAUAUCCCAGCCUUACGUAAGUAUUCCAGCCUUAUUGUGUACACUAAAUUAUUUUACUACAACGCUCGACUAUUGUAGCAAGAGCGACAAGGUUGAAAAUUAGUGGUGUAAAAUCACUUGUGUUACAUUAAGAUGCUAAUCUUGACAGCAUAUGACAAAUUUCAACUAUAAAACAAAUCGAAAAGUUUUGACAAAUCGGGAAGUGAAGGGCUAAUGCAAAAUCGCCUGCGAGAAAGGGCAAUACGAUUUUCCUAACUCGUCCCUAGUCGUCUCUCGUUUUUAUUCACAAGCUGAAUCGUGAGAAUACUGAGGGAAAAGAACAAGUUGAUAGGCUGAAGUCAAUUUCCUUGAACAAUGCAUGUACAGUUGUAAGGAGAGAUUUUCCAUGAAUUCUUUAUUUGCCUCGAGUUUCAUAUAUAGCUUUCAAAUAUUUGCUUUGACGUUGUUCUUAGUAAUUCAUACUGAAUUUGCAUAAAGAAGUUUCAGCUCCGCAAAAGGGCUCGUGCCAUUUUUAUUAUCCUUUGUUUCAUUUGCUUUAUGUUCGCUAGGUAAUAAUCAUAGAAAAGCCAACAGUGUUCCUUAACAAACAAAACUAAUUGCUCGUUCUCUUUUCAAUUAUAUACAUUUUACGUCAAUGUUGACUCUUGAAAGAAUACUUAAUUUCUUAAUAAUGGUUUAUUUGACUUUAGUCUAUUUUUCGUGAUUUUACUAUCGGACGACAUUCAUUCAUAGAAACGCCUUUCGUGCAGGUGCAUCUCGUUUUAAUUGCAACUUAGUUAUAUUUGUUUGCGAAAGUAUAUUUCAUUAAGUUAUUAGUUAAGCAGAGGUGAUAACCGAAUUUUGAAUAUGAAAGGUUUUGCUGUCUUGUAAUUUUAAAAUUAGAUCGGUUUUUGUUUAAGUUGAAACUUCCAAUUAGUCUGCCCUUGUCCUGUUUAAACAGCCGAUAGCUGGACUUGCAAUUUUAUUCAUAUUGUAACACUUUGUACAUAAACGCUGUUUUGCUGACCUGGCUAGGUCUUUGUCUCAGUACUUUUACUUUCUAAAAUAGCAACAGUAACAAAAGAUUUCAGGUUUAAAAUAGAAUUUGUAUUUAGUUUUCAUUUAACUCUUAGUGAUUUCUGUUUAUAUUUCUAUUGUAUUCUUUUGUCUUCAAUGGUUGUAAAAAUCAUAUAUAAGUAAGUUAGUUUUACUGAUUUUUCGAUUACAUCGCCGAUUACAUUGCUGAUUACAUCGUCGAUUACAUCGCCGAUUACAUCGCCGAGUCCUAGCCGAGUUAUUGCUGUUGAUCCGCUGAAGAAUAAACGCUGUUGGAACCAAGUUUAGUCUGUUUUAUCUACUGCUGUACCAGUUAGUGGUCUGAUCCCGGGCCUCGAGAGAAGUGACGGCUCUUCCCCGCAAGCGAGUUGCCAUUUGAGUCUAGUUUUCCCCAGUUUUAUCGUGAGUCAAGCACCGAGUUCCCGUUGAGCCUUAAAUUCGUUUCAGGGGGGAAAAACCUUCCGUCACACAGUAACCGGCAAGGGAAAACAACAAGUCCAACGGCUGAAGUCAGCAGUAGUAAAUUUGCCGCAAUUCCUUUCACGAUUUUCGUUCAGGGAUACAAAUGAAUUUGCCACAGAAACUAAACAAAGCUUAUCACAUGUAUCUUUAUGUGUGUUCAAAAUCGCAAGAUGGUUGAAACGUGCUUGCAACAUUCUUGAUCGAAGCCACGUCUUGAUUCUCCUAGCUGUUGAGAAGGACCUCUCCCCUGUUGCACUUGUCGCAGGAUUGACGUGAUUCAACUUGCAAAUUGAACAACAAUGACGUUGGCGAUCAACUGUCGCUCGACUGGCUGCAGAUCUUGGACUUCCCUCAAAAUUUCCUGAAAGCAGCGUAAAGGGACUCCUCGCAUGAGCACUUGAAAUGUACUUAAUUGAGCAACAAGGGCGGUGAUAUUGACAUCGCCGCUGAACUUCGAUGCCAAAUCGUCUACCUCUUUUUUUAAAUGUUUAUUUUUUGUUUGAAAUUGGCGGGGCUAAAGCCCCCCCCCCAACCCCCCCGGCUCCGCCGUCCCUGUUGUAGCUGUUGUGGGUAAACGAGAAGUUAAGAUAGCGACAACCAAGUAAUAUUCACCGCUUGCUCCUUUUAAACCGUUUUAUCGUUUCAAUCAUUUUUAAUUGAACUGUAAGCAAAUAUUUUUGUCCCUUUUCUUCCAUUUCCCCUCGAAAAACCCGGCCCACUAGUGCACGAUAUUAUAGCUAAUUUUCAUUAACGUACAGAACUUUUAAAUUGCUGAAUUACGAAGGUAAAGCGCGCGCAUCACAACUAGUUAGUCACCCUGAAGAAGAUCACUGAAUGUGAUGGAAAUAUAGGUGGAUUGAAAGGAAACUGUUUUCUGUCUUCAUUUGUGAUUAAGAUAUAUUUGUCUUUAUGAGGACGGGAGAGAGGGAUGCUUGGGACAACUUUUUAUAUACAUACAUUUGCAGAAUACCAGUUGUAUUAGAAAACCGCAGGUCAUCUCAUGCGGGGGGAGGGGGGGUGCGCACCCCCUGCACCCUCCCCCUAGAUCCGCCCCUGGAUUAUUCCUUGUCCCGAAACUAGCGCAUAAUUUCACAGCUAUUUUAUAUAUUCCAUUUUACCUUCAUUCGCAGUGGCGCAAUCAGCUAAUCCCUCAACUUACGGCCUGUUUACAUGGAAGUGGGGGACUCCAGGUAGGUCAGAGGUAACCUGUUUUGGUGGGGUAACCCGUCUAUCCAUAUAAUCUCUCAUUUUAAGUUGAUCACGUUUACGUGAUAGGUGGGUACGGAUCCACUACAGGUUUCCUCACCUAUCUGGAGUCCCCCACCUCCGUCCGCCCUUGGAGUCCCCCUGAGUCGAUUCAAACCCUGGGAAAGCCAAUAAAAUAAAUAUUUCUUCCUCGAAUAAAUUGAAAAAUAAAUAAAUAAAUAAAUAAAGCAACUGUGGGACAUUCCUGAGCGUCGUGAAUCCUUUACUUGGCGCUCCGCCUAAUUAAAAACUAAGACCCUGUUUACGGGAGUGGGGGACCCCGGUCUAGUGGGGUAGGUUUCUUUUGUUUUGUGUCCCCUAGAGCGUGAAAACAAAAGAAACCAACCCCACUAGACCGGGGUCCCCCACUCCAUGUAAACAGGCCCUAAAGAAGGAGUCUCGUUCUUUAGUAUUAACUGCCGGGGUAAAAUAAUCAUCUCGAAAAAUAAGGCUUUAAAACUUGCUCGGGACGGCGAAAAAACAUGAAAGACAGAAAUAAGUUAAUAUUUCGUUUGAACUUCGCCUGAACACUGAUUUAGGUUCCAAUCUGUACUUUGGAGUAACAACAGAAGGCAGGAGCCCAUCAAAUGAUUUGAUGGGCUCCUGCAGAAGGUGGUUUGCCUGUGGUGGCACGCAAUAGGUGAUCUUGCACCUACCUCCCAUACGGGCAUACGGACAGAGCGAUUUUGUAUUCUGCAAAUUCUGCUGUGCCAUUGAAACCUGGCUACCCACCUCACCUUAACAUCACAGCAUAACUGAAGAUGAUUUUGACGAUGAUCACUGCUAUUCCGUUAAUAUACCCUUCUUCCGUCGUUUGAGAUUGUCUGACAUUUUGUCGACGAGCCGAUGUGACGGUUCACCGCGAAGAAGAAGAAGAAGACGACGACGACAGCUCCUUUCGCAUGGUAGACUCGAGGUCAUACCUGGUCAUGCUUACGUCGUCAGGACGAUCAGCGAGAAGACCACUACGUCUUGACUUGUAACGGAUAGAGAGGUUAGAGGUAGAGGUUACGAGCGAGGUGACUGACGCUUUCCCCGGUGUCUUAUUAAAGUUUCUAGUUCGAAGGCAAGACGUCUCCAUGCGUGAAGUGAGAGCAACUGCCUCCCCCCCCCACUUCGUUUUCUGUUUCGAACACGGUUCAGCUUCAGUAUUCGUUUACGAACCACAAAAGAAAAAACACACCAAAAAAACAGCAGUUUACCCUGGCUAUGAUGAACGCGGAUCAACCGCUAUUGUUUUCGAUACGCGAAUAAUAACUAAGUCAACUAAGAAUUUCAGAACUGUAGUGGCUUAUUUACAACGCACCGCUAUCCACGUUUUCUAAAAUUUCGACAAAGACAAAUGAUUUUGCAGUUCAAGUCUGACAGCGAAGUGAAGCAUUGAGAAACGCCGACAUACCUGGCAAGGCCUCAGCCAGUGUUAGGUAUCUCUUUUGGGCCCAAGCCUUCUGAACGAAAGGCUGGCGAUUAGCGGUUUUCAUUUGGGCCUGUCCCGAUUGUGGUUGGCAACUUUUGGCGUUUUUAGUUCUAGCAACCUUGAGGAACUUUAACCUUUCUGAGCAAUUUUUGAGCAAAAUAUCAAGCGCGAAAAAGUUAACGAUUUCACAGAAAACUUUAAUUUAUAAUUAUUCUUGAAAGUUGAUCAACCUUUGAACAGGCUUAAAAAGGCAUUUAAGCGCAGUCAACACAUAAGCAGGAGCCGAGUAAUGGACUCCUGACAUAAAUAAACACAGGAAAAAGCUAAAGAUAAGUCAAAAAGGAAAUUCAAUGCACAUUUCGCUUUGACUUAAGAAAUAAUAAUAAUUAAUUAACUAAGAAAUGAAUUUAUAGGCGUAGCAAAGAGCUGAAAAGUGAACUUAGAGUUUGAAAAGUUGGGUGACGUCAUCAUAUAUCCAGUUCUGGUUGUGGCCCGAACUGUAAGUAUUAAGUAGAAUAAUGUUGUUCAGGUCUCUCAUUGUGAGCUGGGCUACCCAUGGUUAGAGUAUUACCUGGGCUUUUAGGGGCUGUUUACAUGGAGAUGGGGCACCCCAGUAGUAGGUGAGGUAACUCGCUUAGGUGGGGUAACCCGCCUGUCGUGAUCACGUUUACAUGAUAGCUGGGGUGACCCGCCAGAUGUCUCCCACCUCCAUUUAAUAUCAAGAAAUUUAAGUGGCAGCUUUUGAAAUUUAGCAACCUCGUCCCCACGGCGCUUUAGCAACUUGUUACCAGGAUUUUUAGCAAUUUUUUAGAACCUUUUUGGCAUUCCAGUGAGCACUUUUUACAGCAUUUUCGAGCGCAAUCGGGACAAGCCAUUUUCAUUUGGCGGCUGUACGGGGUGGCGGGGGAACGAGAAGACCCUGGGGACGAGGUUAGGUAUUUCGUUUCCACGUUCAUUUGAGACAGCGGACAACCCGUGUAAGCCCAUGAUGCAACUAAAACUGAAAGGAAAAAGUAGAAAGUGUUAAAAUUGUGUAACUACAUUUUGUAUAUUCCGUUCAAAAAUUGCCUUUUUUACGUUUUUCUCGACAGCAUGAUGUUCUCGCCCUCUGGAGUCAGUCCUCAGGUAAGUUCUAAGUGUUGUGCUGAUUAAAAAUGAGACAAUCUUAACUGCGAAUUUUGUGACGCUGCGAAGUCUCGAGUCUCGUGCUGGUUUUCAUGGGUUUGUUUUUUGAAAGACAAUAUGUGGAGAUGUAUUCAGAAUUUGUUAUGUUCUCGUGUAUAAUUGUUUGAGUAGCUUGUUUUAUGAAAUCGUUACAACAGAUUAUUAUUUUAUUACAGAACAGCACUGAAGUUCAAUGCGCGUUAUAAGUUGCUCGCGAGGCCAAGGGCGGUCGGCCGGACGGGCCGGUCAUCCUACAACAUUCGGUUUGUUGUGUCUCAAAUUAGACAUUUCAGGGACAAAAAUGUAGCAAACGUAACUUGAGCAAAUCUAUGUUAGCUUUGUGUAGUAAAUGUUCAUAACAUGACUAAAGAGAAUGAGAGCAACUUCAGAAUGCAGGGCCAAAUUGUAAGGAUAAUUUUUCACGGAAGUGGCUCAGGGGCUCGCUAUGUUACUAGUCAUGACGAUUAUUUAAAGUAAUAAUAACAUAAUAAUAAUAACAUUUAUUUAUACCGCGCAAAUUCAACUAUACAGUUUUUAAAUGCACCUUACAAUUAAAGAUCUAAAAAUAUACCGUAACAAAAAAAAAAAAUUACAACAUUAAAUUACAACAUUAUAUCAGAAAAGGCUUUUUUAAAAAGGUAAGUCUUCAAAUUACGUUUAAAAAUUUGAAAAUCGGAGGUGCAUCUAAGAUCUAACGGAAGAUUAUUCCAUAGUUUUAGUGCGGUGGCUACAAAGGCUCGGUCACCAAGAGUAGGGAGAGUCCUAAAGUUAGGAUUUGAAAGCAGAUAUUUGUUAUUUGAUCUGAGGCUGUAGGAAGAAUUAGGUUUAAAAUUAACAAGAGAUGAUAAAUAAUUAGGAGGUGUUCCAUGGAUUGCUUUGUGAGUGAUUAUAAUAAGCUUAAAUUCUAUUCUAAACGUCACAGGCAGCCAGUGUAAUUCGUAUAAUAUUGGUGUGAUGUGGCAAAACUGUGGUGCUAGAUAUAGAACUCUUGCAGCUGCGUUUUGAACACGCUGCAGUUUAGUGAGGGCGCAGUGGGUAGUCCAUAUAAAAGUGAGUUACAAUAGUCCAAUCUGCUUGUGAUGAAAGCGUGCACUAAUUUCUCGGCAGAUUCUAUGCUUAGAUAUUUUCUGACGCAUCUAAUAUUGUGUAGAUGAAAAAAAGCACUCCUACAAGUUUUGGUUAUGUUAAAAUUCAGGUUGAAAUGGCAGUCAAACCAGGCCCCUAAGUUUCUAAGGGGUUCUGUGCUAGGAGAGAUGUUGGAUUCGCCAAUAGUUACAACCCUCAAAGUUAAAAUUUUUGUUCAGUGGCCAUUUGGCGAUCAGCUCUUUGGGUUUAGUCGCCAGGGGAAAUUUUUAGGCGCCAAAUUAUAUUAAUAAAUUAAUAUAUCAGAAUUGUCAUUGACAAAAGCAGUUAGCUAGUUUAACUUAAAAUGCAGCACUGUCUAUAAAUUAUUACUCGUUUAUUGUGCAGGGCAACAGUUACUGAUAGUCUGAGAAUAAGGUUUGCAGAUUCAUCUCCUUGAAUCAGUACUGAAACAGAAUUGUAAAGACAAUUACUAUUUCCAGUUGUCUUUAGGGUCUUCAAUCCUUCUGUAUAAUCCCCAGUUGGUAUAUGAGAGCAGAGCUUAACUCAUCCUCUGUAUGUCCCGGUUGCAACUUGAUAGGCGACCUUUUUUUUUCCGAUAUUUGUUUCGCAUUUCUUUUGCGACUUUUGUUGAUGAUGAACUUGUUUCACCAACUAUCAAAUAUUUUUGGAGAUUUAAAAGGUCGUUUUUAAUAUCGCUAGACAUUGCGAAAGCCUGACAAAGGCGGGAGAGUAUAGGAAGAUCAACAAGUUGUCCAAAUCAAACUGCUUUAUAGAGAUAACCACGCGCACGUGAAAAAAAUGCUUUUCCCAAUCAAUUGAAAGGAACCCAAACAAAAAUGCCGCUUAUGAGAUAAUAAAUUUUCCUUUUCCUUUAUCAUCGCUACAGGUGUUUAAAAAAAACAUUUUUUGCAGCAACCAUAAGCCGUCAGUUUUGCGAUGUUUAGUUUCGCUUACAGUUAUUGCUUUUGUUUACAAACCCGCGAUUCAACUCGCAGCACGGUUCACAUGUUACAGUUAUCACAUAAUGUUCUGUGUUGAAUUUGCACUAGUUUAGCUUUCUCUCUUCAUGCUAGUAGAUUGUUUCAGUAUUAAAAAACCACCGAACUUGGCUAGACAAGCAUUCCUAACAUAUCAAAGAAAUUGUCACUGUCGAUAAGCAAGGCGCUUCGAUUGCGUGCCAUUUGUCAGGUGUCAAAAGUUAAAAUGUCACAUGCAAGGCAAUAGACUGAAGGCGAUUAGGCGAACGAAUGCAAGUCAAGUUUCAUUGUGUUCAUUUUCAAAACGCUUAGCUCUGAGACUUUUUAAAAUUUAGCUUGUUUUUCAACGGAAAAGUAAAAAAGUAAUGGAAUUCAAAUCAGCUAGAAUAAAUGUUCUUUAUAUUUCAGUAGCAGUGAUUACCAUUUCUGUUUCUAUACACGAUAACACGAACCUAUUCGCCAGCUUGGCGACUAUUCUCCAAAUCAAGUCGCCAGUUCCAAAAUUUUAGGCGCCAUGGCGACUAAAAUGGUCGCAACUUGGAGGGUUGAGUUAGAGUGGCGCUUUUAGUUUUCUGUAGCUGCGCCUUCGUCCCAAUGAGCAUAAACUCAGUCUUGGUAUCAUUGACCAUGAGUUUGUCAUUGAUCAUCCAGCUCCGGAUGUCACAGAGGCACGCUUCCAUUGCUGCAAUGGCGGCGUCUUGAUCAGAAUCAUCGUUUGGAUUGAAUGCCAAAUAGAUACCGGUAUCAUCGGCAUAACUGUGCGCCAUUGGCAAGUGCUGGCUAAAGUAUGAGAAAAAUAAACAUAUUACUUUUUAAAGUGCUAGAUAGCAAUUAAGGUAUGUAGGUACAAGUUUGCAGAACAAGUGAAGUUAUAUAUUGAGGUGGCUUAGUGGCUUGUCAGGUUAGGUUAGAGUCCUAUAAAAGAAUGAUAAAAGGUAUUUAUUUUAGUGGCUUGGUGGCUCUUCAGUCGGGAAUGCCGCUCCACCAAGCCAUUUUUACCUCAUUGACAAGUCACUGAGCUACUCAAAAACAUAAUUUUUAAAAAAUAGGCCCUGCAUUCUGUAGUUAUGCCAGAGAAUGGCUUGGUCAAUUUCUUCCAAGCGUGCCUAUUUUCACUCUCCCCACUUCUUCUGGUCAUUUGUCAGACAUUAAUUUUAAAUUUGUUACAGGGCCGUCAACUCUCCCGGAUAAUCCGGGAGACUCCAGAUUUUGAACCGUUUCUCCCGGUGUCCAGAUUAGAGUCUGAAAUCUCUCGGAUAAUUGCCGAAGUUUGCCAUUUCUUGUAGAUUCGACUUUCUGACAACGAAAUUUUAAAUAUUUUGGGUUGUUUGAGCUUAUUUUACUGUUAACAUCAAACGUUUCCCCACAAACUCCGGUAUGCCAUUGAAAUAUAGGCAAUAAUGUGAUAGGAGGGAAGUAAACCUUUUAGGUCAAAUGUUACAAAAAUUCCAACAACAUCAAACUUCAAAUUCCAACAUCUUUUUUACGCGUUUUUUUCACAAAUGACGUAAUGUGCCAUGCAUUAUGACGUCAUCUAUUGUCCCUUCCCCAUCAAUUCUCAAUAUUUGAAGAUGUGGAGGGUUGACAACCCUGUUGUUAAUAAACUCUGGGGAGAAGGAAAAAAAUUCUGAAAGAAGCUAAAAAGGCAAAUCCAUGUCUUAAAAAUGAAUGAAACCAUUAUAAAAUUCACAAGUUAUACUGAACAGCAUCUGUCAGGGCUGUGCUGUAGCAGAGCCUGGUGGCCCCUGGGGCCUAACUUUUCCCCUCUGGUGACUAGAAAAUCUCAGAUUUUUUAUACAAAUCAUAUGCUGGGCACCCGAGAGUUUACAGUUUCAGAGCACUGGGCUCCCUUUAAUUUUCGUUAGAGCACAGCCUUGAUCUGUGCAAUUUAUACUUGGGAAACGAAACCAAACCAAAACUCACUCGAACUCCAUUGAACCCAAUCGGUUGGAUUGUGGUUUAAUUGGUGCGGUAACCGAAUAUAAUCACACUGGAACUUUUCAGUGAGUUUGAUUACCAAAUUCAAUCGAACCAAUCAGAUGAAAUUAACCUGAUUUGAUUGAUUUUGCUGGGCAGAGAGACAAAAUGGUAUAAAAAUCAGUGAGCAUUUAGUCUCGAUUGAAUCAGAAAGAUUUGCCUCUUAGACUUAUAUGUAUGUGAGGCAGCUGUGAAAACAUAACCACUUUUCAACUGACUAAAAUCUUUAUUGUUAAAGUAAUUGAUAAAGUCACAAUUAAUACGGGAAGUACUUAACCCAUUCGCUCUUGAAGAUUUUCCUGACAAAUGCAUUUUGAAGCUAGUCGAGCGGUUCUCUGGUCACUGUUGUGCUAUAAAGAGCUAAAACUUACCAGAAAGCUGUUCACAGGCUGUGUACUUUGCAGCCUUCUGAUCCAGUUGCAAAAUAUUAGCUUGCAAAGUUCGGGCAUGUGCAGAAAGCAAAAUUCUUCCCUCUUUUCUCCCCUCUUUUUUUGCUUUUCUUGCCUCAUUUUUUUCUCUUGCUGGGCAUUUAGUAGACUUCAUUUUGGUGGGAAAAGUUUUUAGGAAAGCUUUUAAGAUCUUAGGAUUAGAUGAAAGGAAAGGUCGGUGGGUAGUGGAACAAGAUUUUCAUGGAAAUUUUCAUGUCAAUGUUACAUGGUUUUUUGCCUUUUCCUCUGGUGUCCGUGACUGAAUUGUGCUCAUUCUGGUAUGGUUUGAAAGAUCACUUAACUCUGCACAAGUUAGGGGACAAAGUCAGGGCUCAAAGUUUAAAUUUGAGUUUUGGAGCACAUGCUACCAGAUGUAAAUUUUUAGGCACACUGCCGAAAUUUUAGGGACACAGCUGAAAAUUUUAGGAGCACCUAAUGUUGAGAACACCUAUUUCAAAGAAAAAGUAAAAAGCUUAACAGUGCCACGUUAAUGUGUCAUCUUCAGUUUGUUACUUUUAUUUUGGCCCUGUGAUUGAUGAAAGACAGCCGAUGUGCUAUGCAGUAAUACUGUUGUGAUUUUUAAUAGCAAUUUCUCUUUUUGACAUGACUGUUGUGACUAAAGAAAACUUACAAAAAACCGUCAGUAUUGGCCAAUGCACAGGCAACAGUUCAUGUUGCAAAUAAAGCUGGUGGCCGCUGCCAUCGUCAGUUACUGUCUCCCCUUUUCUUCUCAACAAUAAACUUUUCGUCAACACCAACAGUGAAAUAGCAGUUUUUGUAGUCUUUAGAAUUGUUAGUUUCACACUGGCUUUCACAUUUUUGCUCUCUCUGUCAUCUUGCCUGUGUACUCGUGUUUGAAAUUGAAGCUAACACAUAACUUAUUCUUUAACUGCAAUGCCUUGUUUGAAACAAUAUGAGACUUGUUUUGUGUACAAUAAUUUUGUUAACACUUUGGUUUUCCACCGUUUGAUUACCCCUAUGUUCAAUUGUGUUCAAUUGGCAAAAGUUUUGGUUGAGUUCAAUUACCGAACAUAAUUGAAGCCAAUCAUAUCAUUGGAGUUUGAUUGGGUUUGAUUACUGAAUGUUCAAUUGACUAUGCUGGGUUAAUAUGAAUCAAAUAGAAUAAAGAACAGGACAGUGACCUGUUAGUUAUCUCAGUAUUUCAGAUGGGCAAGACAUUCAUCUUCAGGCCAUUUAUCUAACUUAACCCCAAUAUGAGAGGUUCACUAAUUUAAGCUGACUUUACUAAGUCUGUUAUCACUUAUUUCUUUUUCAGGCUGGGGGAUUCCUACCUCAAGUUUCAACUGUCUUAAACCGUUUUAAAAAGACAUCUCUUGGAAGAUAUAUAUAUUAUUCACAGACAAACAAACAAAAAGUUAAAAAACCUUUGUCAAAAACGGAAAAAAGCCUUGUUACAGAGUCUGUUCCAGAGAGAACCUGUGAAGUGAGUGCAUGUCAUUUGUGUGCAUUUUGUAUGUGCUGUUAUGAACAGUAAGCAUCUUCCUUUGGUCCCCCUGUUUUGUUGCUUGUCGCUGUUACUAAUACUCUGAGCAUGACCCCAACUUACAUAAGAAAGAACUAAAAUAACUUCCUAGGUUUUUAAUUCCCUGCCUUUGCUGCAUACAUUGCCCCACUAACUAGAAUCGUUUGUGACAACCUUGGUUGCUUGACUGAGUUUGUCUGAAGGAAAAAAGGGAGUAGAGAUGCCGAAUGUACUGGAAAACUUAGAGCUUCAACAUUGUUCAAAGUCUAAAAUUAUAUAAUAGUCUAUUAUAUGUGCAUAUUUGUAGGAUCCUUAUAUUGCAUUUCUUGAAGAAUUUGGCUUGUCAUCAGUUCCUGCUGAGAUACUUACAGAGGUCACCAAUCCACUGCCUGUUUGCUGCUGCAAUAAACCUGACAAUACCCAGUGGAAAGUGUCUCACAUCUCCUCUGAAUCAUUUUUCAAAAACAAGCAUGGUUAGUCACAAAACCAUCAUCCAAUGUUCACCUCAGAUAAGUUACAAGCCCUUGUCAUUGACAAACUUAAGUUUACUUAUUAUUAUUUGUUUGAUUAGAGGAUUGAUCUUUUUUCAAGGCUAGUCAUAAUUAGGCUCAAGUUUGAUAAAAUGUGAAUUUGAACAGCAAGUGUCCAAAAAUGCGAUUAGUUCAGCUUUUUAAAGUUUACUGUUUUCUAAAGUCAUGGUUCAAAUUUUUUUGGUGAAACUUAUCUACGAGUAUGGCUUAUUCAUGUACAUCAUUUUGUUAUUCUGUGGCUUAUAUAACUAAAAAUUAGUUCAAUGCUCUUGUUAUUGUGAAUUGACUAAUAUAUUCUUCUUUUUGAAUAUUAAUUACAUUUACCUUUACUGAAUGUUUUUUUAAUAGGGUUUUCAAGUUUUAAUUUAUCAAGCCCAACUCGUGCAAGGAUCAAAUCAUCUAUUUUCAUGUCUUUUACCAAACUUCCAUGGUUACACACAUCGUGUAAGUAUUACAAGUUUGUGUCAAAUAUGUUUAUUGUAAAUUCAAUACAGCAACAAGUAACAGCUUUCCGUCAAGAAGUUAUUGUUGAUGCAGGUUAGAUGUACUGUAAGAUGCUAUGUCAGAUUGUAAGACAAAGUGUGAUAUGUUCAUGAAGUUAUACCACUGACUCUUCAGGUAUUCAAAAUUGAUUCCAUGGGCAGACACCAACACUUGUUCUUUAUUUAGUUUCAUUAGGAGGUAGAAAAUAGCUAAAUAUGGAUAGCUUCAAGGUGCAAUGUCUAACGGUACUUACUACUGGUAUUACAGUAAUCAGAACUAUAGCCACCUGCAUCUAGACCAGUCCAGUAUAAAUCAAGAGAAUUCACUAUUUAUCAAGACUUUCCAGCCUGAUUUUUCAGCUUUUAAAAAGUAUGCUUGGCAGUAAAGAUGUUUAAGCAAAAUUUCAGAGAAAAGCUUGUUUCAAGUGACCAAUCCAGUCAAGGUUUAUCUACUAUUAGAAAGUAUCGACACUAAGAAAUCAUUUGGCUAUGAUAAGGUACACCCACUUUUAUUAUCCUCUGCUGCACUUGAAAUAUUUCGACCGCUGACACAUAUCAUAAAUUUAUCACUUAAACAUGGCAUAUUCCCUGAUAACUUGAAAAUUGCCAAAGUUAUACCAAUCUUUAAACAAGGCUCUCGUUUCUCAUGCAAUAACUAUUGCCCCAUAUCAGUUCUUUCAGCAUUAGGUAACAUUUUUGAGAGAUGCAUUCUUAACCAAUUAUCAUUUUAUCUCACCUAUGAAGAUAUUUUGGUACCAAAUCAAUACGUAGCUUUAGAAUAAAUUUAAGAAAAUUCUGUCCAACAGUCAUAGGAUGCUAUUAUUGGAAUGAUAUUCCUUUAUCUAUACGUGAAAAAACAACUAAAAAAUUGUUUAAAAGAGCACUUUUCAACUAUUAUCUUGCUCAGUAUUAAUCAUCGCCACACCGACUCUCAAAUGUUACAUUUUUUUUAUGUGUGUGUGUAUGUGCUUUUCUUUUUUCCUCUCUUUUGAAUAUUUUUCAUAUAUUUUUCACAUUUUAUAGGGUUUAUACUUUUCUCUUUUUUUCUCUUUUAACCUAAAUAUUUAGGUCCUAUUUAAUCAAAGGGCAAGUAAUUAGUUUAACUAUAUCUUGCCCUCUCCAUUUAUUCUUGUAACCUGAUAUUUAAUUCUACAAAUGGCAUCUUUAGUUCUUCAAUCUCAUAAUACAAUAUAAAUGGCUUGUAAAAUAAAUAAAUGGAGGAAAAAAAUAAACAAAUAAAUAAACAAAUCCAGUCAACCAGUUCUGACUUUGGGUAGCAAAGUAGAGUCCUGUACUGUAUAUUAUUAUGACAGUGUGAAUCAGUUCAAAACUAACUGUGAGUGAAAUUAUUCUUCAUUUAGUUCUUUAAACACCUUGUUUCCAACUUUUUUCUCUAUCAGUUCAAAUUGAGAGAAGAGGGUAUCAUUCUGUUUCUGUAAAACGAAUACAGCAACUGGAAGAGAAAGCAAAUGCUCAGGAACACAAUCCCAGAGCACAAGCUGAAUAUCUAAAGGUCAGUAAAAAUAGUAACUUUUGAGAAUUCAUGUUUGUAGCUACUUGACAUCUACUUGUUGUUUCCAGUCAUUGAUUAUUUCUUUUCCAUAGUUUAGUCUUCUUUCUUCAUACAGUUUGAAAUUAUCAUGGUAUGAUGUAAAAAAUACUAUUAACAUUCAGUGCUUUUUGAGUUACGCAUUGUGCCCUUAGGGGAAAAACAAAAAUUCCAAAAUGUUGGAAAAUGCCUAUUACUUUUCAUUAUGCAGGAUUUAAGUUUUUAUCACUGUUUAUAAACUGUAGGCUUUAGUCACUGAGGACCCAAAUUAUGUGAUAAAGCGAUAUGAAAGUGGAAGAUACGCAGUUGAUGAUUCUGUUACAAAAGAAUAUGUAAAGGUAGGUAAAUAGUGUAAGGAUUACUUGUUGUAAACAAUAGAAUGAUAAUUAAGAAAUCUGUUUUUUCUCUUUUAAUGAAUUUGUGAAGGCUUCUGUGUUGUGUCAAACUCAGCAGUACAAAUAGUUUUCUCAAAGCUUCUCUGGGGAGAGAUUCAGUAAAGAUAUAUAUUUUGACUGUUGUAACAAUAGGUUACAGUAAUACCUGGGGUUUUCCGUAUUGUAAGAGCUUUUUGUGAAUCACUUCCCUUGUCUUUCCUCGCAUUGCUUGUCUCAUUAUUACAGUCGAACCUCUCUCUACAACAGCCAGUUUUUUUGGCGGACAGUCCAUACAUUGACUCAUGUUUAAACCUCUCUACAACAGCCAAUUUCUACUGUCCCAAGGUGGCCAUUGAGGAAAGGUUCAACUGUAUUUGUUAAAAAGUUCAUCAAGAAUCUUGAUACAUCCAUGCAGAGUAUCAUUUUCAACAUGUGAUUCUAAACAUCAAAGGUUUGCACUGGACUCUUUUAAUGGCAGACCUACUGGCCACAGGUGUAGAAUUCUGGAUUAGUGCAGUAGUCUUGGUAUAUUACGGCCACUUAUUUUUUCCAUGUUACUUUCUUUGAAAGAAAAUAGCAGAGUCGCCAAUGUGAAGAACAGGUUCUUAAAUGGGGUUACCCAGAAUCUUUGCUUGGGUUUUCUUGCCUUGAGGCAAACCAGGUUGAAAACAUGACUGUAUUUACUCAAAUUAGCACCACCCUUGAAUAGGGGCCACAGUUGGUACAAAAAAGUAAUAAGUGCCACCAAGAGCCAUAGCUCUUGGUACCACAGACCCAUAAAAAUCAAAAUCAAAAGACACUAAUUCUUUUAGUUUAAUGAGCCAAAUAACAAUAUCCAUAGUUAAACAAUAAAUUCUUUGUCGCAUCCAACUUUCAAAUAAAUGCCACCCGCAAAUUAAGUUCCGGAUUUGAGGUGUGAAAAAAUGUAAUAAGUGCCGCGGCAUUUAUUUGAGUAAAUACGUUAUGCUAUUAUUAAAGACCAACCAAUUUUUGAAUAUUAUGUUCUUUCAAAAUAAAGGUUUGAAAGGACACACGUCCUUUCAAGUAAGAAAAAUUAUUUCCAGUACUGUUCUGUGUUAGCACUGCAGUGCUCUACCAACUGAGCUAUGAAGAACUAUUAAUUUUUCCUAAGCUUCAAGCCUCAUUGUAUCUGUCGCCGUAAUUUUUGUCAUCUCAGGGCUUGAAAAAAAGUCCUGUAUGGUCAUCCGUAACAAGCAGAUUUUCUUCCGGGGCCAGUAGCUUUUAAAUUCACUUGCCCCAUUGGGCAAGGGUCUAAGCAAGUCAUCUUUUAACUAAAUCAUGAAGUAAGAUGAACAAGAAGGGGCUCUGGGCAAGCAAAAUGUGGGAGCUGCUUGCCCGAAGGAGGAGCUGGAAUUCAAGGUUUUUUCGAGCCCUGAAUUCUUUGAAAAAUUGUAAUUGAGUAGGCCUUAUUAACAUAAACUAUAUAGUUUCCUUUAGGCCUCCUCGCUAUUGCCUUCUACAUUUUUGUAUCUUUUUUAUAAUCAAUUAAUUUAUCUGUGUGUCAUAUAAAAUACAAAUACAAAUAGAUUGUGCAACUCCUGCUAUUGAUGAACUAAAUCAAGUUCAACUUUCUGUCUUCUUAAUUGUAAAUGAUGAUGUAAAUAAUUUAUUGUUCAUUGAUAAAUAAUCAGAAAAACUUGUAAUGAACGCUUUCACUGCUUGACUGAGCUAUCGUGAGAUGAUUUGCCACAUUCCAGCUUUUGCAUCUGUGGACAAAAUCCUAAAACUAAGGUGAAACCAGAACUUUUGCAUCAUACUUGUUAUUUCUCAGAUUUUUUCAAAACUGAGAUAUUUGAAUUUUGGCACUCAGGAAUUUGUUGCUCUGUCUGUUAGGAGUGAAAGGGUUAAUUUAGAGUCUUAAUGCAUGAAACAGUUUCUAAAAGGGGUGGUGAAAGGUUUAUUGUGCUGAGGAAAAUCAAAACUUCGUUGAAGCAGAAAUAGCUUCUUACUUUUUACAGCCUUUCUACAUGUAUGUCGUUUCUUGACACAUUAAAUUGUUCAUGUUUGUUUUUUUGUUGAUUUUGCAGGCACUUAUCUUAACUGACAAGCUUGCAGUUCCUUCAUCAGUUUCAGAUUUAAACCGGGUAAGAAUCUAUUGACCUCUACUAAGAUUGUAGGAAUUGUGCCAUUAUUGAAUUUUUGUUAUAGCGGUUAUCACGUGACCAUACACCGACCGACCGCCCGCCCGAGCGACCAUCCAUCCGCACCACAGGCAUACCAAUGUAAAAUAACUCAAUCAACAGGUAUGGCAACCCAAAUGCAACUCGAGGUUAUUUUGGCAGGAAGUCGAUAGCCACCAACAAAUAAAGAGUUAAUAAAGACGAAAACGGAAAGCGGUAAUUGUUUCUUUAUCCGUAUUGUCUAAAGUAUUUAGUUUAGACUAAUAAUUAAUUUGUUGUCAUGUCCACAAAUUUGGAAUAUAGAGCAGGAGAAAGACAGAGAAAAAGAGAAAGUUGGCAGCAGGCCAGCAAAGUUCAAUGAGAAAAAAGGCAACAGAGGUCUAGUGUGAGAGAUAAAAAACAAAGGAGACAUUUUUUUGUUGGAAGAACAACAUGAAAAUUUUGUAGCGACGGUGACAAAAUGGGAAAUGGGCAAUUCCAGAAAAUAUCCAUACCCAACAACAGACGGCUUCCAUGUUUUAACCCCCCCCCCCUUGCCUUCGGAAAUUCCAAAAUGUCUCGGAAUUCCAUAAUCGUGAACCCCCCCUCCCCUUCAGAAUUUCAUGGUUUUUUUGGAAGUACAUUUUCGACUUAGCAACGCCUAUAUGAACAAACGAACAUGAAUUUAUGCCUCCUCAAGGCUGUGAUCUAGCAGCGCCUGGCGACAAGCUUUACUCUUCAGCGACAAGAAAAACCUACCGCUACUGGCCAGGCUGUGCAAACUCCUUUUUAAGUCCUAAUUUGGCUAUAAAAAUAAACAUCACUUACGGUAAUUUUACUCCUCUUUGUUUUCUUGUGCUGUUUUGACGUUUACAAAGCAAAAUAGCUCAAAUUCAGACUGUUAAAAUCUUUUGGCGGUCAAAUAUACCGUCGAGUCUUGUUGCGUCCUUUUAUACGUCAUGUAGUGUACAUACAUACAUACAUACAUAAACUUUAUUUAUCCUCGGAUUUUAGUGUAGCUUACAUAGCUAGUAUCUAGCUAGUAUCUCCGAUCCUAACUAAUUUUAAAAGUGUACACGAAAAGUGUUCUAAUCUGACAGGCGUUCCUUGGAAGCGAGGGACUGGUGCGAGUUUUUUACUGUUCAGCGGACGGGAGUAACAAGAAAUUUGCAAGCGAUACAUUUUCGGUUUUUAUUCAUGUGACAAGAAAUUCAUCAAGGUAAAUGUGAAACCCACGUUUUACUGUUCACUUCUAUAAGUUAUGAGCGUAAACACGUAUCUGAUCUAUCGGUGCUUGUCUUCUGCUUCCACGGUCAUACCUUCGUGGUUUAUUUACGAACUACAAAAGUCCACAACAAUAGCGUUUUCAAGGAACUCACUCUACACUUUCUACUCCAGAAAUCCCACCUGUGGAAUUCCCCCAUGCCUUCGGAUUUUCAAUCGUAAAUACCCCCCAUGCCCUCAGAAUUCCAUAAUCGUGAACCCCCCCUCCCCUUCAAAAAUCCUAAAAGCUGUCCGUGGUAUAGUAUGGAUAUUUUCUGGAAUCGCCCAAUGCCAGUGGCCACCAAUGCAAGGUGAAAAUAAGCGGCAGUGAAAAAAAAGUGAACGAGAACACAUAUGACAUUUUCUCCAUAAAACGUGUAAGUAACUAGGAAGUUUCUGGAAGUUUCAUGUUGUAGUCGUGCAAAACAAGGGCAAAGUGUGCUGCAUGUGCAUAGUUGCCUUUUUUGCUAAUUAGACCUAUUGUUGUUUUUCACCCUUCUCCGACGUUGCCUUUGCCGCUUAGCAUUACAUGAUUUUAUAUUUUUUUUAACAAACUAUAAAUAUUAUCGAGAGCUUCGCUUUUAGCCCUGGCUAAAUCGAUAUAUUAAUAGUAUGUAUAAUAUUUUUUUUGUACUACUGUCUUUAGAUGGGUUCCAGUGAAUAUGUCAACCCAUCUAUGAGAACAGCAACAGGGACAACAUCUGGCAUUCCAAAUGGAACUGAAGACAAUCCUACAUAUGUUAUUAUGCAAAACCAAAAAGGUAUGAGGCUAUAUUAUGAAAAAUAUUGCCAAAUUCAGCAUGUUCUGCCUAUUUUCAUGUAGUUAAGUCCAAACCUCGCUAUCUCUUGCAACCGUCACUUACAUUAUGUUACUUUUACUCUGUCAUGUUCUUGGACAAACAGCUAGAGACAGGACAACUGCACACAAGAUGGCAGAUCCACUCACAAACUGUUAAUUAAGAAGCACAUGGGUUUUAUAGCAACUGCAUACAUAAUGCAGGCUCAUUAUAACUCACUAUACACCUCCCCACAGAAAGACAAAUGUUGAAACGCUCUAAGUGAUUAAAAAAAAGCUCAAGAAAAAAACAAAAUUAGAAGCACUGUUCAAAGUCAUUAAAGGGGCUGUGUCACGGCAGUCCACUUCAUUCUGUUUAAUUUUGCGAAUUGCUUGCCCUCAAUCGCUAUGGAACUUAAAGUAAGCAAAUUUAAAUGACAAAAUCAGAGAUCCUAGACAUACAAAUAUGUCUCCUGAGCAUUAUUUUUGAAGUUGCAAGCAGCAGCGAUCAACUUUGAAAAACUGUUAGGCUGACCAGUUUUCAACGAUCCUAAUUUCAGUCUGUGCCAAUCUUCUUCAGUUUUCCCAUCCGUGGCAUCUGUUGUUUCUGUUAUGUUAUUUUAACAUUCCUUUAAAGUUUUAAGUAGUUAUUUUUAUGUUUCUCACACACACAUUUUGUAAUUUCCUAAUUUGGCUGAAUUUCGUCACACAGCUCCUUUAAGGUGAGACUUGAUGGUGUUAGUCCAUUUCUUCAAUCAGUCUCUGUGGUUGUUAAGCAGCAUGCUUGGACUUACACGGAACAAGGGUGGGAGGACAGGGUGCAAAGAAAGUCAUUUUUACAGCUUGCCAUUCGGGCAAGCUGAAGCUAGCAUUUACUAGCCCAAACGUCAUUUCAACUAACCCCGAAAAUUUUUUGAUGAGCAGAAUAAUUCUGCUCAUCAAAAAAUUUUCACAGUUCUUCUGUAAGUUAACCUGUGUACAGACAUCCCCCCUCCCAAGAAAAAAAAAUUGGGAGAAGAGACGUCUGUGAAUCGCCAAUGAUAAUCAUGUUCCCGUUUCCCUCGGAAUGUUGGGGACAGCCUCUGAUUGGUUCUAAUGUUAAUGCCAUGAUGCAAAUAAUUUCCAGUGUUGUGAUUGGUGAAUGAAUCUCAGUAAACAGUGCUUCCGAGAUCAAAAAUGCUGUGAAACCAAAAACCACAGGAAAUCGAUGUACAGUAACAGACAUACUUAAUGAGCUAAAAAAAAUUUUAAAAAAAACUUCAAAAGCAUGAAAUACUCGUUUUAAAUGACAUUUUAGCUAGAUAUUCUAGUUAGAGCCUAGCUUAGCAAUAAAUGUUGAGAACAUGCGAGAGAAUAACUGCGUAUAUGCUCUAAAAGAGUCCCCAGUCGUGUUGGUCUGUCAACACUUUUUCAACUGUCAGAUGAAACAACAACAAAAAAUAAUUUAUGCAAAUGUAUACCGGAACACGGUUAACAACGGCGAUUCACAAACGUCUCUUCUCCCGAUUUUUUCUGAGGUAGGGGGACGUCUGUACACAGGCUACUGUAAGUUCAAUUUCUCAAAAUACUUCACUUGCCCAUCAGGCAAGUUGAAAACAUGCAGAAUUCACUAGCACGAUAGCAAAAUCCACUAGCCCUGGGCUAUCGGACACUACUUUCUUUGUACGCUGGAGGAGUAGCUGUGCUUGGUGACUUCACUAACUCUGAUGCUUCAUGAAUUAGAAAUAAGACAACUGCACACAAGAUGGCAGUGGAUCUUAAGAAGUACAUAGAUUUUACAGUAACCACAUACAUACUGCAGGCUCGCAGUAUGAAUUAUUGACAAAUGUAAACAUAAACUCAUUAAUAAAUUUUGAUCAAAUUCAUUAAAUUUUCUCUUGUCGUUUAAGGUGCAUUUUUCAAGGAACAACUUUGGAACACAUUCAGGUUUCUGAUUGCAUUAUUUCUUAUCCUGUCUUUGAUUGAGGCUCAGCUACAGAUGAAGAGUAAGUGAAAGUAUAAUAAUGUAAAUAAAAAUUUUACAGAUUCCAUCAUGGUAUUACUAUUUUGAUCUGAUUGAGUAACCUGUUUGACAUGGUUUGGCCAUUCAGUGCUUGCUGCUCUUGUCUCAUCGAUAUUCACCCUUGCAGUAUUGAAAGGUCUAGACUACAGUGAAAGUGAAUGUCAAUUCUUUAAAUCUAAGACAUUGCAUGGAGCUUCCAUGUUCCCCUUUGGAAGAUGUUUUGGCUAUUAAUUACUGCCUGGGUCGGGUAAGGAAAAACCAAUAUUAUUAUGCUAUUCUUAAUUGCAGUGAAUUUGAUUUAACUUGCAGUGAGCUCAAAUCAAAAGGACAUCCAGCCUGAUAGCGUGGACAGGAACACUCGCUUCACAGAUGUGCAAGGGGUGAGUAUAUUGAAAUCAAGCUUAUACCAAAACAAAUUAACAAAAAAUGGAAAGUUUUAAUACAUGUUGUUCCAGUAUUGAAAAGUUUCAUCCCUUCUGUUUCCAGUGUUUUAACAUUUAGUAGUUACACUUAACCCUGCAUCUUAAUAAGAGAAGGGACAUGCUUAUUAUUCUUACUUGUUUUUAAUAAUCAAGGUGGAAGAGGCAAAACAGGAAUUAAAAGAUGUAGUUGAAUUUCUUAGAAACCCAGAAAGAUUUAAACGCCUUGGAGGAAAAAUGCCAACAGGUAAGUAUAAAAGUUCCAUGUACAGUGUGUCACUCCUGUUCCAUUAAUCACUUUUUUUCCAAUACAUUAUUUCCCGGCGUAGUCAAUCGAACUUUCGGUAAUCGAACCCAAUCAAACUCCAAUCGUUUGAUUGACUUUCAUUGGGUUCCGUAAUCGAACAUAAUGUCAACAUCAGCAGUGAAAAGCAGAUGCUUUAUCAGCUGUUGCCUUUUGUAUUCGUUAUUGUUAAGAAUUUUGAAUUCUUAAUCUCAUUUCCAGACCCUUCGUAAUUUUUUGUAUAUAUAGUCUCGUCAUUAUCUUCAACGGUCACUUUAGAUCACUUUUGAAAAUGUAUGUUGAAUAGCACACGAAACGUCAAGGUUAUAAAAAUGCGAAAGCUCACCUUGUUUAUCACCGCUGUUUGUGUUUUAUUUUUUAUAAUCAAACUCCCCCAAAACGUUUGCCAAUCAAACACAAUCGAACGUUCGGAAAUCAAACUCUUUAAUAGCAAUCAAACAUAAUGGAACUUUGGAAAUGGAAGCUUCAACAACUGUACACAAAACAAGUUUCAUCUCUUUUUAAACAAGGCGCGCAGUUAACAAAUAAGUUAACUGACGAUAAUGGUGGUCGUCAGCUUGGACUUUGCAACACGAACUGAUACCUGUGCGUUGGCUCUUCAGGGGCCUAGCUAGCCCAUAGACCUGUAGACCUGGGCCUACAAAUUAUUGGUUUGAUCACUCUACCGCUUGUAAUAAAUUAUCCAUUGUUGUGGUGAGCUAAAAAGCUUAAGAGCUCAAAGUGUUGGUGAGGGCAGUGCAUACUAGUCAUGCGUGCAGUUUUCAAGAUAUGUGGAAAUGAAAGUCAGCCAGACCUACAGCUCGUCAGAGUUGAAGAUUACGUCUUACAGUAAGCCCACUUCCAGUAUUAACUGUGAAUUUAUUGAUUACUGUAGUAAUAAAGAUUUUAGGCAAUUUAAAUGUCCUUAUGUUUUCAUACCUGUCGAGGGGGAAAUCUUUCUGAUUCAAUUGAAACUAAAAUGCUCGCUGAUUUUUACACCAUUUUGUCUUUCUGCAGAGCAAAAUCGAACAAAUUGCGUCGAUUUCGUUUGAUUGGUUAUCGAACUCACCGAAAAGUACCAGUUCGGCUAUGUUUGAUCACCGAAAAAAUCGAACAACAAUCCGACCAAUUUAGUUUGAUUGAGUUCGACUGAUUUUUGGUUUGCCGAUUUUUUUUUCCCGUUCCUCGCUUUUUGCGCUUUCCCUACUGCGGAGCCUGGUCCCAGGCUAGCUUAUUUAGAUGUACCGUACCGUGGCAAAAGCAGAAAGUAUAAUCAUUGUGAUUUGCACUACUGAAACUUAUAUCAAAUGACGACUUUAGGAUGUGCUUUAGUGUAACGCUUUAGAAAGGUAAUGUAUGGCUCUCUUUUAGGUGUACUUUUGACUGGCUCACCAGGGACAGGAAAGACUUUGCUAGCUAAGGCUGUUGCUGGAGAGGCUGGGGUGCCAUUUUUCUUUUGUUCCGGUUCAGAGUUUGAUGAAAUGUUUGUAGGUGUUGGUGCUGCGCGAGUCAGAAAUCUGUUUUGUAAGUAUAAUAGUUCUUCUUUGUUUUGGUGAGCCCUGCUUAUCCUUACCUUAUUUCUUUUCUUUAAUAUAUAAAUAAUAAUGUGUACAUUUGUUUUGGUUUUCAGCUGCUGCUCGAGAGCAUGCUCCUUGUAUAGUGUUCAUUGAUGAGCUGGAUGCUAUUGGCGGCACUAGAAUUGUACAUGAUCAUCAGCCAUACUCAAGAAUGACCCUUAAUCAAUUGUUGGUUGAGUUGGAUGGGUGAGUCAUCCCAAAGAUCAUAUAGUGAUUUUACAAAGUUUAUUACUUGUAUAUAAGAUUUUAAACCGUUUGCUUAUAAGUUGUAUAUGUUGCGAAACUUGCACAAUACUAUGCAGAAGCAUUGAUUAACUCUGAAUUAAACUUACCUUUUUAGGUUUGACAAGACAGAAGGCAUUGUGGUAAUUGGUGCCACAAACUUCCCUGAAGUCUUAGACAAGUAUGUUUUUUCUGCUCAGAUUAUUACUUAAAAACAGGGUCCAGUUUUCAUUUAUAUAAACAAUAGAUGAUAUUGUUUAUUUUGUUUGGAGAAGGUAGACAGUUCUCAGAAGGUCAUUGCGUUCAUUGCUCUUGGAACCUCUUGCUAAAAUUACUGACAAAGGACUGAUUUUGGCAUCCUGUAACAAUGUUACACAUAAACAAUAAUUAUUGACAUUGUAAUUAAUUAUUAAGUCACUACACUCUGGAUUUUUUCUAAAAGCAAAGAAUAACAAUUUAUCGUUUUGGUAAGUUUAGUUCCAGUGGGAUAGGUAAUUUUUCUUCAAGUGGUUAUCCACCCUGUGAGCAGAGGUUUCUCUCUUGCAUGGUGUUUAGCAGUUACUAAGUCAUUCCCAUCACUUAACACAAACCAACAAUGCGACUGACAAGCGACGCGAACGACUUACUAAACACUGAAAGCCAGGCAAGAGAGAAGCCUCUGCUUGCAGAGUAGUGGUUAUCCAAUUUUGUCCGUCCUAAUUAGUCUUGUAUUGUACGCUCUCUGGUGUUAUGUGUAUAAAUAAACUUCUUACUUAGUUAUAAUUUCGUGUCUAAUACACUUUAAAAACAGCCUAUAAUCGGCACUUUUUUUGCGUUGCAUUUUAUUUUACUGUUCUGUCACGAAAACCGUAUGAUAUACAUUAUUAGUCAACGUGGAUGUCAGGGGUUAGGAUUAUCCUAUUUGGGUUCAAGACUUUUAUCUGUUCCUAACCAUUGACAUCAUAUCCUUUACAUAGAGCACUCGUUAGACCUGGUAGAUUUGACACCAAGAUUAAUGUUCCAAUGCCUGAUGUCAAAGGUCGGCAUGAUAUCCUGAAAUUGCACCUCAAGAAUGUCCAGGUUUCAGAAGGUGAGAGUUUUAAUCUCUUCCUCAAUGUAAUAAAAUUCUGGCAAUACAGUAAAUGCUCGAAUUAGCGCCCAGCGCCCCUACUAAGGCUUAAAACUUGGAAUAACCCCCCCGCUUCAAAUAAGCGUCCCCCCCCUCCCCCGAUAAAAAACAAGGUUCAGUAUUCGGUACGAUAUACGAGACCUAUACGGUAGUUUUAAUGAAUGUGACAUUCGUAAUGGUACAAAAUUAAUGUUCUUUUUAGUCGUACGGGUUUGCUUCUCAUUUCCUCGAUAGAAAUAUCCAUGUGGGCACAUAGGUGCUUCACUUUAUCAAGUUCCUCAUAAAACUUUGCUCCCAAUCGCUUGCUUCUUGUUGUUAUUUGUUACAGUUUGGGUUAACUAGAAAUAAAGAUAGUGUCAUUUUGAGGCCAAAAAUUGAUAAACGAAAUAAGCGCCCCCUUGGAAUUAGUGCCCCCCUCUCGCCUUAAAAAAUUGAAUAAGCGCCCCGGGCGCUAAUUCGAGCAUUUACGGUAAUUUCAUAUUUCAUUAUUUAGGGAUGUAUCAAACAAAAGGUUUCUGUUGAUAGAUAUUGUUAAAAACCAGAAGAUGUUUGCCAAACAUCACUUUUUUCAGGAACAAAUCGCACUUAAAACUAUUCAAAUGCUGUUGUGAGCAUUCUGUUGUGUUUGUUACUGUUUUCGAAGAGGUACUGUGUUAAAGGGGCACUGUCAUCGGAACAAAUUCCUUUUGUGUCACUAAUCAUUCUUGUCUUUUAAAGAGUUACAGUAGAUCAAUUUCAAAAGAAUAUGCAGAAGGAAAACUUUUGCCAGUGAUUCUUUUCAGUACUCUUAAUCAUUGAAAGAACUUGAAAUAGGUAACCUAAUUUUUGUUGCAGACUAUUUUGUCAUUGCUCCUCUUAGCCAAAGAAUAAUUUAGAUAAUUGUAGUGCAUAUAUUAACUUAAAGCACUUCUUAUUAAAGACAAUAGAGCCUUUUUUGGGGAUUUCAUUGUUACAAACAGAACGUUUGUCUAAUUAUAUGACAGUUUCCCUCAAAGAAAGUUAUUUACAGGGGACAUUUUGAAAUUCGGUGAAAAGACCACCCUUGAAAAUGUUACUGACGCCUCGUGAGCAGUUAAAUAAAUUGUCUUGCGUUGGUUUUACUGCAGAUGUUAACAUUGAAGUGCUCGCCCGAGGUACAGCUGGCUUCUCAGGUAAGAAAUAUGUUGUCUGUGUUAGCACAGUACACAGCUCUGUUUCUGUGCGCCCGUGGGGAGGAGUGACACUUUUGGAAAGUUUACAUUGGACUGAGCUGUUAAUACCCUGAUACUAGGCCAAGUAAGGGAUUAAACCCCCCUCUUCGCCCCAACCCCUCCCCCACCCCGCUGGGCCAUGCAUGAACCAACUGGGUAACUUUUUUCAGGUACUGACAAAAGUGUAAACAAAACCAUGGGUAGAGUCAGUCUAUUGAGGGACAAUAUGUAUUCACCUUUUAAACUACUGGCCCCGGUCCGAUUAGCGGUUAAUCCACGAUUAAAUUUCUUAUUCCCCAGACAACUAAUUGUGAAUUAAAAAGGAGUUCCUGAAAGCAAAAUUAUCCCACGGUUAGCUAAUCCGAGAUUAGUGCUAAAAUAAACCUGUUCAACUAGUUUUCGAAGGCCUGCUUUUGAAAAUAUGGCGUGAAGUGUAAAUAAUUCGUAGAAAACUGCCGCGAGCAAAAAACGCAACGCUACGAGAACUUGUUAUGUUGGUGACAGCGCAUGGUUCCUCCUCGUCUGUCUCUGGAGAUCAUCGUUGAGGAUUUCUCCCUGAUAUUUUAUUGUCUUUCGGCUAAACCGAAAUCUGCUGCUAAGUUCUUCGUCAGUGAAUUUAAUAGCGAUGUUCAAUCCCGCAUUAGCACUUAUCAGCUUUCCAGGAACCGGGCCUGGAGUCCAACACUUUGUUUGAGAGGUCAGGUUCUCCAAUCCUGAAUUAUCUUGAAAUGUGAUUUUACCUUAUCCUGUUUCUAGGUGCUGACCUUGCUAAUUUAGUAAAUGCAGCAGCAAUUUACGCUGCCACAGAAGGAGACCAGAGUGUCACUACUAGACAUUUGGAAUUUGCAAGAGAUAAGAUUCUUAUGGGUGAGUAUUUUAGUUUCUUCUGGUUGUAUAAAACGUUGUAUAAUAUUGUUUUAAAAUUAACCUGUUUGUCAUAGGUCGAUUAAGAUUCUUUAAUUGAUUGCACCUCUAAAUCACAAACACCCUAUUCUCGAUUUUCACUUUUUAAGAAACUAAAAUGCGGUUCAGUUCCCUUGUCUGAAAUAAUUCAAUAGAUUAAUUUCUGACCUAAAAUUUUUACCUCUUUCCCUUGUAUGUGGCUAAAGUUAUUUAUAUGAAUCAAUGAAUACUAAAAUAUCUGGUGUCUUGUCUCCUUUAACCUUCAUUACUGUUUGCUUGUUAAAGGUCCUGAACGUAAGAGUGCAGUUAUUGAAGCUAAGAACAGAGAAUUGGUAGCCUACCAUGAAGGAGGACAUGCACUGGUUGCCUUGUAUACCCCAGGAGCCUUGCCAAUUCACAAAGCAACCAUUGUACCUCGUGGAUCAGCCUUAGGGAUGGUAUGUACUCCCAGAACAGUAACAUGCUAAUAAUUUCAUCUGUCUGGUAGCCACCAUGUCUCACAUCUGUCCCACGCAGCAAGUGAUUUCACAUUCACUGAUAUCUGUGCAUGAAAUUCUGCACUACUGAAACCAAACUGUGAAACUCUCUGAAUAUAAACGAAUUUUCUUUUAAAGGUUGCCCAGUUGCCAGAAAAAGACGAACUUAACUGGUCAAAAUCCCAACUUCUUGCCAGGCUUGAUGUAGCAAUGGGUGGACGAGUUGCAGAGGAGAUUAUCUUUGGAAAGGAGAAUAUAACCACAGGUAACAGAAAGUACUGACUUUAGAGGUUAACUGUUCACUCUGAAUCGCAGAAGUGUUUGUCUGAAGCAAGUGCCUUAUUGAUUCCCGUUACCUUUAACAAAGGAGGGCCUUGGAAACCGAUUUAGGACUAUUAAGAUCUUCAUCAUCUAGAAAAUCUUAGUAUCGCGCACCUUGUCGGGGUAACUAACCCUAAAUUACAGUGCUCCAUCUGAGCGAAAAAUAAAGUGGGUUUCAGACGCUUUUUUGUACUCUCUUUUCAGCGGUGCUGUUUAUUAGAAGAUUUUAGUUAUUUUACGUUUGUUGUGGCAUCGCGAAUUUUUAUUAUUAUUUUUUUAAUCAUCAGGAGCUGCAAGUGAUAUGGAGUCUUCUACCAGGCUUGCUCGGGCCAUGGUGACUAUGUAUGGCAUGAGCGAAAAGGUGACUAUAAUUCAGCAUUACAUAUUGUGGUUUAAAUUAGAACGCUAACCUUAAUGUCACGCGGAACACCUGGCCUUGGAUUAAUGUGACGUUUGGUUGUUUGUUGUCAGGUCGGAAUGCUUCAAAUCAAGGAUGAUGAUAAAUCGAGUCCUGAGUUACAGGCACUUAUUGAAAAUGAAGUCAAGCAACUUCUUAAGGUUAGGAACAGAUAACCUUUUGUGCGUAACAGUCACGGUAACGUAAACAUGUCUACUUGAUUCUUUGUCCGCCUCCAGCUUUGUAUUUCCAUAAAUUACACUUUGUGAAAUUUGCAAACUGAAACUCUGACUGACUGCUGUCACUGCUGUCUCCCUCUUUGCAGUUAAUUUGUUGCCCACCCAUGCAUUUAGCCUGCGCUGCUAGUGCAGGCGUAUGUUUUAAGAGGGCAAACGUUCAGUAUCUCCUUUCGUCACCUCUUAUUUUGAUAGCAAAAGAAGAUACAUGUGGGGCAAAGAUUGAUGGGCAUAAGGCAAAAGGUCCUCCUUGUAGUGCUUACAUUCCUCCCCGGAAAGUGUCUGCAUUGUUAGUCCAGCGGGUAACUUGAGUGGCAUUUACUACUCAGACCCCAUAAAAUGCUUAUUACUAUUUUCUUCUCUGUGUGUAGGAGUCAUAUGAUAGAGCUAAGUCUCUACUUCAAGCGCAUUCCAAAGAACACAACCGCUUAGCAGAAGCUCUGUUGAAGUACGAGACACUCGACUUACAAGAGAUCAAGCAAGUUAUUCAGGGAAAGAAGCUCUCUAGAACAUUGUGAUGCGAGUUAACAAACCUCGACUGUAAAAUGGCAGGUUCACGCUUCCCAUUAAGCGUUAGCCCCAAAAAGCCGAAAAAUUGAAUGAAAGUAUUUAACGCCUGGAGAAAACCAUGGGGGAUGGCAGCAAAAGUCCUAAUUUUUGUUUAUAAGUCAUUUCAUUUUCUGAUCUGUUAAUGUAACAACAGGUACUAGAGGAUCGCUUAAAUUUGGGAGACCUAGCCCUUGUAUUUCAAAAGCUGUUCGACAAAGAUAUUUUAUUACGUGUAUGAUUAAAACAAAAUGUUUUAUGCGUGAGCCAUUUUAGAAUUGUAAUGAGAACUGUACAUCUUGGUUUUUGAAGACCAAUGAAGGGCUUGUAAAAAGUUUUGUUUGCUUGUCCGAGGCAGUUGCACCUUUGUCUUAGUUAACUUUUUAGUUAACAAUAAAUUUCCCUUAGCCCCAGCUCACAGGGAACAGCGAGUAUGAAAUGUUGCCUGCCUGGGAGUAAAAUCUCCUUGUCACAAACAACCGGACGGGACUUUUUUCAAGCGUUUAGAAACGCAUGCAAAUGAGGUUAAUGGGUUACCCUUUCUCCUCGUUCCAUAUCAAAACCGCUGAGAACUGUGAUAAGAACUAUCGUCAAACUUCCUUUUUCUAGUACCUCGAUGUGAUCCUGGCUGCACGUCUCCCUGUCACUCUCUGUCUCUGCUCAGAGUUUUGAAUGUUGGACAUCGUACGUCGUUUUUCGUGUCUGUCAGGGUGUAAAUUACUCUUUGAUCGGCGCAUCUCGGCCAAUCAUGUAGCCACUGUUUCUCUAGUAACAUGCCUAAAGCGCUUGAUUGCUGUACUCUUAAUGUGAUAUUUCUUGUUCUGGUCAAUCUUUCUGUAAAUAUUACUACCACUGUCUGAGUUACAUACCCUCAUGAUUCACGAAACUUGCCAGUCUUUCAGUCGACUAGCAUGCGAAUACUUAUUAUAGGGCCCACUUGCUCGAAGACCGGCUA